GAGAUUGUGAGGGCCUAUGCCUGUACCGUCCUUUCCAUUCCCGAAUUCAAAACCAAAGACGAGCCCACCCCCAUUAAAGAAAAAAAAAAAAGUCUAGAGAGAGAAAGUAGAGAGAGAGUGACAGACUGGUGAGAGAGAGAUUUACUCCCCUCCCCUUGGGACUAAGGCGAAAGAAAGUGGUCUUCCGCACCCGCAGUCUAUAUCCGGCGGCUUUUCCCAUUCGUUUCCUCGUCAACACCACCACCACCACCACCACCACCACCACCGCCUUUUGCCGGCCAUUUCAUUGCCGGGAAGUGAAUUUUGCAGUCCCUUCGCCGGAAAUUGCGCGUCUGUUCCAUGAGAUGGCGCCCUUCUUCCUUCGGAUCUGAAGAAAGUGGGCACGAUUUGCUGGGUUCUGGCGUCAAACUAUUGCCUCUCUCUCUCUCUUCUUCUGAAACUACUUAUCUUUGCGUUUGAUCUAUCGUUCUUCUUGGAUCUGAGGAGGCAUGGCUCUCUCUGGAAUGAGGGGCUUAUCUGUUUUCAUCAGUGAUGUUCGAAAUUGCCAGAACAAGGAGCAGGAGAGGCAGAGGGUUGAUAAGGAGCUCGGAAACAUCAGGACCCGCUUCAAGAACGAGAAGGGUUUGACACCUUACGAGAAGAAGAAAUAUGUAUGGAAAAUGCUGUACAUUUACAUGCUUGGUUAUGAUGUGGACUUCGGUCAUAUGGAAGCUGUUUCUUUGAUAUCGGCACCAAAGUAUCCAGAAAAACAGGUGGGAUACAUAGUCACAUCAUGUUUACUGAAUGAGAAUCAUGACUUCUUAAGAUUGGUCAUAAACACCGUUCGCAAUGAUAUAAUUGGGCGCAAUGAGACUUUUCAGUGCCUGGCACUUACAAUGGUAGGAAAUAUUGGUGGAAGGGAGUUUGCGGAAUCAUUGGCACCCGAUGUCCAAAAGUUGCUUAUAUCCAGUAGCUGCAGACCACUUGUGAGAAAAAAGGCGGCCUUAUGUCUGCUACGGCUUUAUAGGAAGAACUCUGAUGUGGUCAAUGUAGAUGGAUGGUCUGAUCGCAUGGCCCAGUUGCUUGAUGAACGCGAUAUUGGUGUCCUGACAUCUGUUAUGAGCCUUCUUGUGGCUCUAGUUGCAAAUAAUCACGAUGCAUAUUGGAGCUGCCUGCCAAAAUGUGUUAAGAUUUUGGAGAGGCUUGCUAGGAGUCAAGAUGUUCCACCAGAGUAUACGUACUAUGGAAUCCCUUCUCCCUGGCUUCAGGUGAAGACAAUGAGAGCUCUUCAAUACUUUCCAACAAUUGAAGACCCAAAUACCAGGAGAUCUUUGUUUGAGGUUCUUCAGCGCAUUUUGAUGGGCACCGAUGUCGUUAAAAAUGUGAACAAAAAUAAUGCCUCACAUGCCGUCCUUUUUGAGGCCCUUGCAUUGGUCAUGCAUCUUGAUGCUGAGAAAGAAAUGAUGUCUCAGUGCGUUGCAUUGCUUGGCAAGUUUAUAGCUGUUCGUGAGCCAAAUAUUAGAUAUCUUGGCCUUGAAAACAUGACAAGAAUGUUGAUGGUCACAGAUGUGCAGGAGAGCAUUAAAAGGCAUCAAGCACAGAUUAUUACAUCUUUGAAAGAUCCGGACAUCAGCAUCCGUAGACGGGCACUUGAUUUGUUGUAUGGCAUGUGUGAUGUUACCAAUGCCAAGGACAUAGUCGAGGAGCUAUUGCAGUAUCUCAGCACAGCAGACUUUGUGAUGCGCGAGGAGCUGGCUUUAAAAGCUGCAAUUCUUGCAGAAAAAUUUGCUCCAGAUUUGUCAUGGUAUGUUGAUGUGAUUCUUCAGCUGAUUGAUAAGGCAGGUGAUUUUGUUAGUGAUGACAUAUGGUACCGGGUGGUCCAGUUUGUCACAAACAAUGAAGAUUUGCAGCCAUAUGCAGCAGCAAAAGCUAGAGAGUUCCUUGAUAAACCUGCGGUGCAUGAGACAAUGGUCAAGGUGAGCUCUUAUCUUCUGGGAGAGUAUAGCCAUCUUUUAGCUAGAAGGCCUGGCUUUAGCCCUAAGGAAAUUUUUGCUAUGAUAAAUGAUAAGCUCCCCACUGUGUCGACUUCUACGGUCCCUCUUAUUCUUUCAACCUAUGCUAAGAUCUUGAUGCACACUCAGCCUCCAGAUCCAGAAUUGCAGGAUCAAAUCUGGACAAUAUUCAACAAGUACGAGAGUUUCAUUGAUGUAGAGAUUCAGCAGCGAGCUGUUGAAUAUUUUGCUCUUAGUCGUAAAGGUGCGGCACUAAUGGACAUAUUAGCUGAAAUGCCUAAGUUCCCUGAGCGACAGUCUGCUUUGCUUAAGAGAGCAGAAGAUACUGAAGUUGACACUGCUGAGCAAAGUGCUAUCAAAAUGCGAACCCAACAGCAGACUUCAAAUGCCUUGGUUGUAACUGACCAGCCUCCGGCUAACGGACCUCUGUCUGUUGGUCUUGUCAAGAUGCCGAGCAUGCAGCAUGCUAAUGAUACUAAUUUGGCUGAUCAAGAAUUGAUUCAUGCUAAUGGAGCCAUGGUCCUCAUGGAUCCUCAACCUGCUCCUGUUGCUGCCCCUCCUUCUGCUGACCUCCUUGGUGAUCUUCUUAGUCCACUUGCUAUUGAAGGCCCUACUGCUGCUAGUGUUUCAAGUGAGCAAAAUCUGAUGCCGGGAUUGGAGUCUGGUCCCGAUGCUGUGGGUGCUUUAGCCCUGACAACUGUUGAGGAACAGUCAAAUUCAGUGCAGCCAAUUGGGAAUAUUACUGAAAGAUUCAAUGCGCUAUGUCUCAAAGACAGCGGUGUGCUAUAUGAAGACCCUUACAUUCAGAUUGGUAUCAAGGCAGAGUGGCAUGCCCAUCAUGGUCGUUUCGUUCUCUUCUUGGGAAACAAAAACACAUCCCCUCUAGCAUCAGUUCAAGCUGUGCUAUUGCCUCCUUCCCAUUUGAAAAUGGAGCUCUCUUUGGUACCCGAGAUAAUUCCUCCAAGAGCUCAGGUACAAUGCCCUCUUGAACUGGUAAAUCUUCGAGCGAGUAGAGAAGUAGCUGUUCUUGACCUUUCUUAUAAAUUCAGUACAGCAAUGGUCAAUGUGAAGUUACGGCUUCCAGCGGUCUUGAAUAAAUUUCUGCAGCCUAUAUCAGUGACUGCUGAAGAGUUUUUCCCACAGUGGAGAUCACUUUCAGGACCACCUUUGAAGCUCCAAGAAGUGGUUAGAGGUGUAAAACCCAUGUCUCUACCCGAUAUGGUGAGCUUAUUCAACAGCUUACAUUUGGCCGUUUCUCCUGGAUUGGACCCGAACACAAACAAUUUGGUGGCCAGCACUACCUUUUUCUCAGAAACUACUCGAGCAAUGCUUUGUUUGAUAAGAGUUGAGACAGAUCCUUCAGAUCGGACACAGCUCCGGAUGACAAUCGCGUCGGGGGAUCCAACAUUAACAUUUGAGUUGAAGGAGUUCAUCAAAGAACACUUGGUCAGCAUCCCGGUUGCCUCUGGCCCACCUCUACCAGCACAACCACCAUCACAGCCAGCAGUUUCAAAUGCUUCAUUCACAGACCCUGGGGCAAUUCUUGCUGGCUUGCUUUGAGGAGAGAUGGUGUGUAAUUUGGUGUGCGCGUUGUUUUUUAAGAUUGUACCAAUCAUAUCCCAGACGCCUAUAGGCAUCUCUCUCAGUAGAGGUAUUAUACUUUGAGGGAUUGCAUAGGAGAAGGGGAUGGGUACGAUGCAAGGGCUCUCGGGAUAAAGGUGAGCUCCACGGAAUGAGUUUAGUAUUUUGAGUGGUUUUUGGCGGGGCUUCUAGAUUCUUUCAGGCAUGCUUUCACGUGUCCUGGCGAGGGUGUCGUGUAGGUAUUUGAUCUUUUCAUUUCUUUUUCCUUUUUUGUUCAUCUUUUUUACUUUGUUUCUUUUUGGGGGUCAGUCAUCUCCUCUGUAAUCUGAAGUUUGGGAAUGGAGUGGCCAUUGUGUGAUUCACAACCAUUGUAAUAGUUUUCCAUCCUAUCAGUCUCAUAUUUUUUUCAAUAAAAGCAAAAACUAGAAUGAGUUUUACUUUGUCAUUGCAAGCAUCGAAAUGCCAAUGCAGACAGAUCCGGUUCCUGGAUU